AUGGAUGAGGCAGCUCUUGGGAACAGUACAAGUGUUAGAGCAGUCGAGUCAUCUUGCAGUGUAUUCAUAAUCAUGCUCACCCGCAGACAAAUUGUCCCUAGCUUUAUGGCCAUAAAUUGCAAUGUUACGCUGGCGAUGGCUCGACCUAUGCAGCUCGAUUCUCAGAAUGAUGAGCUUCUCUCCUUCCUCUCCUUCUUCCGCUACCUGAGUUUCUUAAUUCACGUGACAAUGGAAUUGUUCACCUCAUACCCCCCAGAAAUCAUCGCCCGGGUGUUGGCCAGCUGUGACAGCUUCAAUGACGCCAUCAUCCAUAGCAUUGGCACGCGAACAAUCCCCGCGUACGAACAUGCUGUCGUUGCCGUGCGCGCCACAAAUACAGUCAAAGAAGCCUUCCACGCCGGCCGGCUACCACCUAAUAUGACGCAUGAUGAUAUCGAAGAGCUGGAGCCCUCUCACCAAAAGUGCCGUUUGCCCGAGUUGGCGGACUUACUUGCGUUCUGUCAUCUGGCUGCGUGUCUGGAGUACGCGUACUUUCACUUUGAGGAACACGGGUAUACAUGUCUAUUAUGCCCCGAGAUCAAAGAUGUCACCUGGUGUACCAAAGACGACACCGUAUUCGAUCAACGUUUUCACGAUUUCCAUGAAAAAUUCCAUCGAGUGCUAUACAAAAACCUUCUCGCUGGCGCUUUCUUAUGGAAGUCCCACAAUGAGCUAUUCAUCAAAGCUGCCGCAGACGGGGCUGGGAAACGCUUUCUCGAGGAGCUUCGAUCACUGCAAGCUCGCGGAGAUUGGCAAGGUCUUUCGGACGACAGCCAGGCAUACAUUGCAGAGUUUCCGGUGUACGACGUUCACAAGAUGACACCAGCCAGCCAAGAACAGGUAUUCGGGCAUAUUGCUCGUUACUUGAUAGAAGACAUCGCCCUUAUCCCAGACCCGGCCUGUGCCGCCGAAGUACCAUGGGAGGUGAUGGCUUCCAUCUAUGCCCACGAGUAUCGCUCACCCCAGUUCUUUAACGCCGGUGGAAAGCAUCGCCAUGGUUGGCCGCCGUUCAAGAACUCAACUGCUUCUGACCUGCCUCCCACGCGUAAAGUGACAGUUGUUCUGUUUGGGGAGUUUCAAUUGGAAGAGGUAUCGAUGCCUAUCAACAUCGAGGACAUGCAUCGUACUCGACUGGUAGCGACUCAAUUACAGGCCUCAUCCUCAGAGAGUGCACAGGACGGCAACCCCUUCGCUUGCCAUGGUUUCGACAUAGCGGUAACUCUGCGAGAUCGGUAUUUGUUUCUCGGUGGUGAGGAGGCGUGGGAGGACUGCGCUCCACACCCUCCUCUCCAGCUGUACACCUUCAUGUUGAAAAAGCACUAUGCACUUGAAUUCAGUCCAUGCGUGUUUGACCGGACAUUUUUAGAAGGGUACUAUCCGACGUUUCUCUCGGAAACAAUUUUUGUCGAAACUGAGCACUGCUACCAUGUAGAAACCCUCGCAGCGCUGGCGACUGAUUACGAUGCUGUCUUUUCUAUCCCAAAAUCAGCUGGAUGGUCUGCCGCCUGCUAUAACGAGACGUGUGCGCUCAACCCAUCAGGGGGUAAACGACCAGACGACGGAUACAACCUGCUCCACUCUGGUUUGUCGGCUCCGUUCCGGAUUCUAGAUCAGAUUCUGGAAGUGCCAUGCGAUAUAAGCAGAGUGGCAAGAAGCUUAGAUGAUAGGAUGAUGCCGCCUUCAAUCGAUCCGGGCAAAGCACACACAGAUUGCAGAUACACCAUGAUACCAUCCAGUGUACCAACCCAUGUAGAACAGAAUGCAGAACAAGGAGUGGUAGACUUUGCUGGAAAUAUCGGCUCAGUUGUGGACUGCCGACCGCCUGAUCUCUUCAGGCUGUUGGCCGAUCUGAUUCGCUUCCGCGCGUCACUGAUAAAGCACGGAGAGCAAGGUCCCUCCGGUCUCCAAGGCCAUUUACCCUGCCUCAGCCCCAUUUCCCCCAAUUGCAUGCAGAGAUACUUGCCUGCCUGCGGGCAAUCCGUACCUUUAAUGCCCGUUCAUAAAAUUUCCAGCCCCCCUUCCAUCCGCGACCUCGAAGCUCGACCCGGUCACCCACGAUUGCAACGGCCACCAAACAGCCUCGAGAUCCGCGGCGCCCUCACUCCACCAUUUACAAUCCCUUCCUGCUCCCUGCUGCAGCCCUUCGCAGUCCCGCGCCUCGCCGACUUUUUCCUGGAAACUCACUCCGAGGAGGAGAGCGCCGAGAUCAAGAAGCUCCAGGCCGAUGUGGAAGUUGAUCCCGAUAACUUCGAAACUUGGGAGAAGCUGGUUCGCGCCUGCGAGGGUCUGGAGGGCGGCCUGAACCGCAACUCCAGCCCCCAGGCCCUUGCCACUCUUCGAGAUGCCUACGAUCGCUUCCUCCUCAAAUUCCCUCUGCUCUUUGGCUACUGGAAGAAGUACGCGGAACUCGAGUUCAACAUUGCUGGACCCGAGUCAGCAGAGAUGGUCUACGAGCGAGGAUGCGCCAGCAUCACCAAUUCUGUCGACUUGUGGACCGACUACUGCUCCUUCAAAAUGGAGACCACACACGUCCCACACCUCGUCAGAGACAUGCCUCACCGGCCGCUCGGCGCAUCGAUCGAGCCAUACAUGGACUCCAUCCAUUUGCCUUUCAAGUAUCCGUCGUUACCAGGCUCUGCUGAUUUCCACUUGACGAUGACUGAUCCGUUCACGCCUCCCAUCCCCCUCUUCAUCCCCUGUCCCUGCGCCCUUGGCUGUAUACUGACCAUUCGCUCCAGGCUCUUUGAACGCGGCGCAACCUGUGUCGGCCUUGACUUCCUCGCACAUCCGUUCUGGGAUAAGUACAUAGAGUACGAGGAGCGACAGGAGGCCCAAGACAAAAUCUUCGCCAUCCUGUCUCGAGUCAUCCACAUUCCGAUGCACCAGUAUGCUCGUUACUUUGAACGAUUCCGCCAGCUCUCCCACAGCCGCCCCGUCACCGAGCUGGUUCCGGCUGAGACGCUGCAGAGAUUCCAGGCCGAGGUGGAGGCUGAGAGUGCCCAGUAUGCCGGUGCGCAGCGAACGGAGCUCGAGGUUGAACGCGACGUGCGCACCAAGAUUGACGCCAUGUACUAUGAGUACUUUACCCAGACGCAGUCCGAGACCAACAAGCGAUGGACCUACGAAUCCGAAAUGAAGCGCCCUUACUUCCAUGUUACCGAGCUUGAGAGCUCGCAGCUCACCAACUGGCGCAAGUACCUUGAUUUUGAAGAGUCCGAGGGGAACACUACCCGCAUCGUCUUUCUUUAUGAGCGAUGCUUGGUGACAUGCGCCUUCUACGACGAAUUCUGGUUCCGCUACGCCCGCUGGAUGUCUGCACAAGAGGGCAAGGAGGAAGAGGUCAGAAUCAUCUACCAGAGAGCCGCCACUAUGUUUGUACCCAUCAGUCGGCCCGGCAUCAGGCUGCAGUUUGCCUACUUUGAGGAAAGCUGUGGACGUAUCGACAUAGCUCGCGACAUUCAUGAGUCCAUCCUCAUGAAGUUGCCCGACUGUAUUGAGGCCAUCACCUCAUGGGCUCACCUCCAGCGUCGACAGAGCGGGCUGGACGCCGCGGUUGAGGUUUUCAAGGCGCAGAUCGAUUCGCCUCAAGUGGAUAUCUUUACCAAGGCAGCUCUGGUGACCGAGUGGGCCUUGUUCCUAUGGAGGGUCAAGGGCUCAGUGGAAGAAGCUCGCAACGUCUUCCUCAAGAACGUACAGUGGUACGCCGACAGCCGUGUCUUUUGGGACAAGUGGCUCGAGUUCGAGCUUCAGCAGGCGACAAGCACGGAGCUGGAGGAUCAGCACGGCGACCGCAUCAAGCAGAUCUUUGACGAACUCCGGAGCAAGAGCCGUUUGUCCGCCUCGACAAAGAAAGAGCUGUAUCGGAUUUACCUAUCAUACUUACAGCAGCGGGGCGGUAAGGACGCGAUGAAGCAGUUCCUUGCCAUUGACCGGGAGAUCUUUGGGCCGGGCUCGAUCUCACUGCUGGCCAAGGACGAGGUUGGCGGAAAAGAGAACGGAGCUGCUGUGCCUGAGUUGGACGAGGUAACAAGAUACCGAGCCGAAGCCAGGUAUCUGAGAUACUACGAGCUCCAGGGCGAACCAGACCUCGAGGGACAGGCCACAGCGCCAUUCAACUAG